AAGAUGUUAAAUACUGGGGCCGGCUACCCUGGUCAGGCUGGCUGUCUGGCUGCGCAGUCAACAUGAAGGCUCUCCUCCUUCUGGGGCUCGUCCUCCUGUCCGGCACAGUCCAGGGCAAAAUCUAUGAAAGGUGUGAGUUGGCCAGAACCAUGAAAAGCCGGGGAAUGGAUGGCUACAGAGGAAUUAGCCUGGCAAACUGGAUGUGUUUGGCCAGAUGGGAGAGUAGUUAUAACACACGAGCUACAAACUACAAUCCUGGAGACCGAAGCACUGAUUAUGGGAUAUUUCAGAUCAACAGCCGCUAUUGGUGUAAUGAUGGCAAAACCCCAAGAGCAGUUAAUGCCUGUGGUAUAUCCUGCAAUGCUUUGCUGCAAGAUGACAUCACUCAAGCCAUAAACUGUGCAAAGAGAGUUGUCAGGGAUCCACAAGGCAUUAGAGCAUGGGUGGCAUGGAGAAAUCGUUGUCAAAACCGAGAUCUCACUGAGUAUAUUCGGGGUUGUGGAGUGUAACUGCGGAAUUUUCCUUCUUCAGCUCACUUUGUCUCUUUUUCUUAUUAACAGAGUGGUAGUUAAGUGAAAGGCACACUGUCAGUUUCCCCUUCAAACAAAUAACAUUCUUUACAGAAGCAGGAGCAAAAUAUGGUCUUCCUUCUAAAAGGCUUAAUGUUCACUAAUGUGGUAAUUAUUUGAUAUUAAGCCUACAAUAUUUUUUAGUUUACAAAUAGAACUAA